GUGCAAGGUGGAUACACGCUUAGCAGUUAGCAGAGGUAACUUAGCACGGGUGAAUUUCUUUGCAUCACGACAUCUUAGCUUAUUCCUGUUCUCCUUUUGGUGGAUGCUCUAUAUAUACGGGUCAUGGAAAUGAAAAAUAGAUCAACAAAAACACACCUCUUCUUCUUGAUGAUACAAUUAGAAAAAUAAUACAGUAAUAAUGGAAACUUGGUUUAUUAUUGUUGUCACUUUAUGUAUCUCUUUCUUCCUCAAAUCCCUUUUUGAUACUAUCAUCUCUUCUAAUUCCAAGUCCAAGAAGAAACUCCCACCGGGACCCUACACUUGGCCGGUGAUCGGCACUUUAUUAUGGGCCAGAAGAAACGCCAUCGACUUGGAACGCAUACUCGUUGAUCUCAAGGCUAAGUAUGGUCCUAUGAUCACCCUCAAUAUGGGGACCCAUAGCUCCAUAUUUGUAGCUAGUCAUUCUUUAGCCUACCAAGCUUUAAUCAAGCAAGGCUCCGUUUUCUCUGACCGGCAAAGUGUGCCGUCCAACAAUAACAACCGCAGCAUCAACGGUGCACCUUAUGGCCCUACAUGGCGUCUGCUCCGUCGAAACUUGUUUUCAGAAAUGCUCCAUCCUUCUCGCAUCAAGUCCUAUUCCAAAGCCCGAGCCUGGGUGUUGGAUAUCCUCCUUAACCAGCUCCGCGGCAAACAAGACGAAUCCGUGAAGUUAGUUGAUCAUUUUCAGUAUGCUAUGUUCUGUCUUCUUGUCUUGAUGUGUUUCGGGAACAAGCUUGACGAACCUCAAAUCAAAAAAAUUGAAAAUAUGCAAGUGAAGUUUCUCUUGGGAAGCCGACGUUUCGCUGUAUUAGGUAUCUUUCCUAGACUUGGAAAGCUAAUUUUUAGAAAGCUCUGGAAGGAAUUCAAUGAGCAACAACAAGAGCAACAGAAAACCUACCAACCUUUGAUUGAAGCACGAAUCAAGGCCAAAGAACAAAAAUCCGAGCACGAGGAUGAAUUUGUGACGUGUUACGUGGAUACACUAUUGAAUUUGGAGUGGCCAGAUGAAAAAAGAAAACUCAAUCAUGAAGAGAUCGUUACCCUCUGCGUUGAAUUCCUAGCCGCUGGAACUGAUACGACCUACACUACCUUGCAGUGGAUUAUGGCCAACUUGGUUAAAAAUCCUACCAUUCAGGAGAAUCUAUAUCAAGAAAUUGCCAGUGUAGUGGGAGAAAAAAAGAGCGAGUCGACAGAAGAGGAGGUGAAGGAGGAAGAUUUGCAAAAAAUGCCCUACUUGAAAGCAGUGAUAUUAGAAGGUCUUAGGCGACACCCACCUGGUCACUUUGUGAUUCCACACACGGUGACGGAGGAAGUUGAACUGAACGGCUACGUCAUCCCAAGGAAUUUGACCAUCAAUUUCAUGCUUGCGGACAUGGCCUUAGACCCAAAUGUGUGGGAGGAUCCCUUGGAGUUUAAACCUCAGAGGUUCUUAGUGGAAGGAUCAGAUGAGGAAGCCUUCGAUAUAACAGGAAGUAGAGAGAUCAAGAUGAUGCCAUUCGGCGCAGGGAGGAGAAUAUGUCCUGGCUAUGCAUUGGCUAUGCUUCAUUUAGAAUAUUUUGUGGCUAAUCUGAUUUGGCAUUUUCAAUGGAAUCCUGUGGAAGGAGAUGAUGUUGAUCUCUCGGAGAAGCAAGAAUUCACCAUUGUGAUGAAGAAUCCGCUACGAGCUCGUAUCUGUCCCCGAGUUUAACACUGUUUGAAAUUGGUUGGUUCUUUCUAUUUGCAUUUUCUUUCUUGUGGACUUCCCUCCUAGUAGAAUUUAGUGGGUAAAUCACGGUAAAUGUCUUGAUGCAAUAUCAGCUCGGAUUGUUUGUAUCGUUGUUACUUGUUAUUGUAAUGUAAUGUAUUGUAUUGUA